AUGGACGCCAAAUCAAAAGAUGACUCGAACAUCAACCUUACACUUCGGCUAAUUAUGCAAGGAAAGGUAAUCACACCGUAAUGAUAUUUUAUAUUAUUUCAAUUUUUAUCUUUUUCAAAAACUUAUAUUAAAAAUACAUAAUAAUGUACUAAUUUUUUUACAUUUACGACUUUCCCUAUAUUAUUAUAUCGACGACGAAGCCUUAUAAUAAUGAAAAAAAAAAAAACCUUGUAGUCGAUAAUCCAUUUAGAAUCAUUAUUUUAGAACUCAGUCUCGGGAGUGAAACCAUAUAUUACACGCUUUUGUGAUGCGUUCUAUACGUGUAUACGUAAUAUAUUGUUGUAUAAUAAUCAUACAAUAAUAAUAUAAUACACCGCCGAUAUAUUAUUAUCGUGUACAUUGUUAUUCUGGAAAAAAUGUGACCAUAAUAAUAUAUAAAACGUCGUUGCAUAAAAAGUAUGGGGGGGGGGUUGUGCUUCAUCGAUCAUUUAUAAUAUUUUAUUAUAUAGAACAAAUUUAUGGCGAAUAAUAAACAAAAAAAAAGGGUUCGAAAUUGCAGGAUUUCCAGUAGGAAUAAUUUGGCCGAAACUGUGUCCGUUCACGUUUAUUAUUAUAUUUUCAGUGCUAGUAUACGGUGUAAUAAUUAAUUUCUAAAGUUCGCGCAUUUUUUUUUUUUAUAUUAGUAUAAAAAAAUAAAAUAAUCAUAUUAAUUUUCAAAAAGCCUCUCUUAUAAACAAUACACAUAAAAUCACCUGCACUGCGGUCACUGCGGCUAUACAUUAUCAAAUUUACAUCCUGCAUAUUACUUUCGUUAGGUACCUGCUUCAUUAAAAUAUAAUAUUCCGUAACAAUCGUGAUUUAUUUUAUAUUACGGUAAAACUUUCCGCGACCACGGAAAAUGCUAUUAUAAUAUUAUAUUAUAGUUUGAAAACUUUUAAAAAUAUACUGUGGUUGUGCUGAGGAGGAGGAGGGGGGGGGGUUGGAAGUAGGAAGUGCUGGGAAAAUCAAACAAAAACAAGUAAAAUCUUCAUCAUCAUCGUGUACUAAAAGAUAUUGUAUUAUUAUUAUUAUGUACUAUCGCAAAUACAAUGUGUACAUAAAUAAUAUAUUGGCACGAGAGAACGGUAAAGUUUUACACUUACAUUACCGUAUAGCGUAUACGAUGUACGUAUACGUAGGAAAAGUCAAAAUAUGAUUAAAGUCAACAACAUAUUAUUACUACCGCACAAUACAUAUUGUUGUAUCAAGAUACAUUUUAAAUUACCUAGCUAUAUAUAUAUACGUAUGUAUCAAGAAAGGAGAUAAUAUUGUUUUUUAGCGAAUAACUAUUGUCUAAUAAGAUACGUGGCAAUAAUUAUAAUUACAUAUUUGUAGAUAAACAAUAAUAUUUCCUAGUAGUGUAAUCUAGGGUAGUCAGUUUAAAAAUAUAAUAACUGAUUGAUACUUAAUAAUACAUACUGCAGUUUCGAUUAUAAGAAAGUUGUUUAAGCUUAUUCUAACAUAAUUUCCAAUUGUUCACCCCUAUAUACUAUAAAUAAAUAUUAACUUUUAAUUUUUUUUUACGUCAAACAUUCUCCCCUCGCCUUAUCUAACCGGAUUUGAAAAGCAAAUAUUUUAUCUAAAAUGAUAUGCUAUUUAAUACCCACUCCUAUUAUUUAGGUUGAAAUUUUAUACGGUUUAUCGAUAUUUGUGUUUUGCGCAUGAACGUUUUUAGAAAACUAUUGUCCGUAUUAUAAAACGUUACUAAAUAAAAAUCAAAAUUUAAAACUAAAUUAAGGCAUAAGGAAUUGGGAUAAAAAUUGUAGAAUAGGGCGUAAACAAUUUCAUAACGAUUGGAAAAAAUUGAAGUCAUGAAAUACUCUAAGAAAAUCACAGUGGAUAAAGAAAAAAAACAACGACCAUGUAAUAUAAAUAUAUUAAAUCGAAACAGAAAUGUUUAUAGGAAAAAAACAAUUUUCUAAAGUAGCGGUUAGUGCUUAUAAGUUAUAUUUGCUGUGAAUCAUUUUUAAUAUAUUAGUAGUGUUUAUUUCUGCUGAUGUGAUCGUUUCAAAAAAAAAAAAAAAUUGAUAAUAUUUGCUCAUGUUAUUUAGCGGAAGAGUAUAAUCAUUUAUACUCGUACGUCGCCGCAAGGGAUAAGGCAACCUCAUACCUAAAAUGAAAUAUUAUUCGAAAAUGUAAUUUUACGAUACAGAGAGGAGAAUAAAAUGAUACGCUUGCGUAUAGUUUUCAUUUUAUGUAAAGUGGUUUAGAUAUCAUUAUUGUUAUACGAGACGAGUUGUACGUAAAUCGAAAAAUGCAGUUUGUUCGGUCCCGAAUUUACGCUGUGCCCCUGGAGCGUUCAAUAUAAUAUAAUAUUUUAUUGUCGAACCAGAUUUAACGGACGAAUUUUUAUAAGCACUCUCGUGGAUAUUAUAUAUUAUCGCGGUGUGUAUGGGACACUUAAGGGAAUAUUAUACAUGUCAAAAACGGCUUUACAAUUAAUGUUAUUACAUUGUUGCUACAGUCGAGCAGUCCACGAUAUAAUCCGAAUUGCAGUUCCGAUGUGAAUGUGUUCCAUAUUUGAUUAUAGUCUUAGGCUUACAAUGGCGUACCUAGACCUCUCUAUUUAUAAUAAGUUGAUGAUAAGGUUAUCCAACGUCCUUUUCUUUUUAUAUAAGGAUUUACGUAGGUAUCUUUUUAUGGGUGUCCUCGUUUUUCGGGUCUCUUUUUUCAUAAUUUUCAAAAUAUCCGCUUUUUUCGUAUUAAUAAUUUUUGAUCAAAAACAGAAAUAAUAAAGAUUAAAACAAAGGUAUUAUAACUCGAUAGAUAUUGAUAGUUUAUGGCCAUUGUCUUCUAUACCGUGACUAUGUUUUUAUGCUAUCUCAAACUGUGUAUGACAAAACGAUUGUUGAUAGUGGGACAGGAAACUGAUAAAUUGUUAAAAUUUUGAGUCAAAGUUUAUUUUAUCUCGUAUAAUUCAUAAGUUGAAAGUAAGCAUUUUAUAAAUAGAUACUAUUCAUUAUAGGACUAUGCUAAAGAUAAAAUAAAUUUCCAGUAAUAUAAUAAAACCAAUAUUUAAGUAAAUUAAAUAUUUUUCAUUAUUUUUAGUCGAUGGACAAAUGAAUGUAACCGUUUUUUAAUUUAUUUUUUAGAGAAUGUUAAAGAUCUUAUACCAGUGCAAUUUAAUAUCAAACAUUUUAACGUGAAGAUUUUGUCCAAACUUUUAAAGAAUGUAAAGAUAGCAAGUGUUUGAUACAAAAUAAAUAUCUAACAGAGAAUCUAAUUCUGACAAAUAUAAUCAUAAAUUAUAAACCGAGAGACUGAAACUGUACAGUUAUUUAUUUAGACCAGUUCUCAUUGUACACGUUGAUUUUUAAAUGGAGUUUAUAAGAUAAUCGACCAAUCGCGGUCGGUUAUCAACCGUAAAUUUAGUUUAAAAAUUAGAUAAACGCCUUUUUUUACGUUAGUUAGAACGGCCUUUAUAAUAGCAUUGGUUAAAAAUUUAUAUUAUACAAAUAUUAUAGUAAUAGGUAUAAUCUUUAGCUAUAAUAUUUUUCAGAAUGUUUUAUUUCUAUUAUUUAUUUGAUUAUAGUAUAUUUAAAAAUUUGUAACGAAUAAAUGGGAGUUUUUCGACUAUUAGUUUAAUAAAAAAUAUUUUAAAUUUAAAAAUAUGAUUUUUAUCACUUUAUGAAACUGCAGUUUGUACAGUUUAUUAAGCUUAAAAAAGCUUAAACAAUUUUAUUUUAAUCGGAAAAUAAAACACAAAUCGGAUUUACUUAAACUCCUCUAAACAAAUUUGCGCGAAUUAAAAACGCAAUAAAUUAAACACGUCCCUUACGUAAUUAAUAUAAAACGUAUUGGAAUUGAAAAUCGGUAUAACGAUGAUUAUUUUAUCGGCGGAUUGAAAUAUUGUGAUUUUAUAUAGGCGUCUGUCGGUGUCAAUAUACGUGUAUAACAUAGUAUGCGCGUACUUAUAGGUUUGUAUCCGUUGGCAUCAAACUCCAGUUCAUUUCAAAUGUCAACGGGCGGUAUCAGAAUAGAAUUGUUGAAUCUUUUUAUUUACAGAUCGGGUUUGCAAUUGUAACGUUACCUGUACAACAUGUCUAAAAAUAUACAUUAAGUUUUUAUGAACCUCAUAUGAUAAUGCCCGUUACGGACCCGCGAAUAUACCUAUACAAUGUAUACCUGUACACAAUGAUUUUUUUUUUUUUAUCAGUGUUCCGAUUAUCUACAAACAUUUUGGAAAACAUUGAUUUCGGUAUUUAUCAGUCAUUGCAUAGAAACUUUUAAUGAUCCUGAUUAAAAUAAUUUCAAAAUGUCACGAUAAACCAUUGUUAACGAAAAACUGAUUCUGAGCGGAGUUUAUUUAUAGUGCUGCUUUGUCAACAAUAUACAUGUCAUAUUAUGGUAAACUAAUUAAAACAAUGUGCGUUUCCAUGACAAAAAAUAUUGUUUAAAAAAUAUUAAAUUAAUAAAAAUUGAAUACAAAAAAAAAACAAAAGCUGUAGCCAAUGACAACCUCAUUUUUUUUUUUAACCUAAAGAACCAGGUUUUCCUCAUUAUCUCGAAUAUCAAUGAGAAUUUCAAAAAAUUACCUCUUUAAAGUACCACCUGGGAAAAAAUUUCCUUUCAGAAAAGGUGUUACACUUGAUAAUCGGAAUAAGCUUUCUGACAAAAAAACUAUUCACAUAUAGUAUAAAAAUAAACAUUAUUGUAAAACCAAUAAAUCCUUCGCUCCACUCAGAAUCUGGAACAGUUAAUAUUAAACUAAGAUAAAUAAUGAUAAUAAUGUAGAAUAUAAUAUAUUUAUAUUUGAGGGUGAACAUCAAUGCUAGACAGUGAAACCACCGCCUCUUCAGUGCCCAUGAUGUGAACACUUUUUGUACCCUUUGUAGACCUUCUUUAUAUCUUGUAUGCGGACAUUUCUCUGCAAUUUGCUUGUCAACGUUGAUUAAAUAAGUAAAAACUAGCUCCGCUCUUUCAACCCAACUUUAAACACAGAUUUAAAUACAAAAUAUUUUUCUGUGUGCGGUUUAAAAAUCAAUACUGGAUUUACCAUUUAUGAGUUAUAAGAGUUUCAAAUUUACAUCGGAGAAGUAGCAUAGGGUUAAGAUGAUAAUAUCUUAAAAUCUUCAGAAAAAAUCAGAUAGAUCACGAUAAAAUAAAUUAUUUUGUAUAACACAUGCAUUUAAUUUUGUAUUAAUAUUAUUUUUAUUUUUUUUUUUUUUUUACAGGAAGUCGGUAGUAUAAUAGGGAAAAAAGGCGAGAUCGUCAAGCGAUUCAGAGAAGAGGUAUGUACAUCAUAUUUACACAAUAUUCAACCGGCCGUUUCUUCCACGCGCGAACCACUGUAAGAUUAAUAGAAAACGAUUUUUCGGAGAUAUUAAUCAUGAGGUGAUUUGAAAACGAGGUCGAGGAAAAUAGAAUCUCUCCGAGAAAUGAGAAUUAUGAAAUAAUAUACUUUUCACGAUGGAAAAAACCUCGAAAAUAAUGGAAUACAUAAGGUGUAAUUUGCUCGCUUCCCCCGAAAUUUCUUUCUUGGAUUUAUGGAAAUUAUAAAAUUAGUUUACUAAUAAUAAUUACUACAUUUAAAAGAAGCUUCUCAACUCUUGGGAAACCGAUAUAAUAAACCAAAUUGAAAAUAAAUGUUUAUCUGAACUAAACCUAAAUCACUAUGCAUAGAAGUAUGUAUACAAGUAGACAUUGAUGGCAAUCAAAAAAGUUUUAUGAACGAAAAUAGAAAUAUGAUUUUAAUAUAUUUGCAUUUGUUUUAUUUCAUAGAUACUUAAUAUUGAGUUUUUAGUACUGCUCAGAAAUGUCUAACAGUAGUGGAUAUAUGGUAAAUAAUAAUCAAAAAUAAAUUGUAGAAUUGGUUCUAUAUCUAACUUGACAAUAGAAGUUUAUAAACCAGAUCCAAUAAAGCAAAUCUGUAUUCAAUAAAUUAAACUAUUCCAGAUUUCAAAACUAAAUUAUACUGAAUGAAUACUUUCUCAUAGUUGUAUGUCAUAAACAAUCACCCUUCCCUUAGUCAUUAUUGUUGUACCUCCUCCCCGGAUAUUAUAUAUUCUCACCACUAUGAGAAUUUUAGCCUAAAAAUAUACAUUUGUUCUGUGUAUUUAACACUGAUUAAAAAAUAAGGUAUCGCAUGCUCUAGUUCUUGAACAAUAUGAUAUAGACAGCUGAUCCCAGUUUUAGAUUGUAAAGUUUAAAGUCAAACAAUGACCGAGGGUGAUAUAGUAAAAGUAUCAACGAUUUCCCGUGAAUUUAAAGUAUUUUUUAUUUUAAUUAAUUAUAAUAUUUUCGUGUUCGGACAACGGUGUAUUCAUAUUGAGUUACUUACCCUUCAGGGAAAAUACUAUUUAAGCAUUUCUGCUACCUGUAGUAGUCCCUAGGACUUUGAUUUAUUUUCGAAACCGAAAGAACCACUCAGAUGAAUUCGUUUUCCCGGCUGUGAAUACACUGAGUGAAAAAGUAAGCCAAAGAGUCCACGAGCCCAAUAAAGAUGGCCUUCAUGUUUUCAACUCAAACGCUUCCAAAUCGAUAGUACCUAAUCAUGUAUUGACAGACAUGGCGAUUAUUUCGAAAAGUCAUAAUGUUUUAUUUCGUUUAAUGAGAUUCGAAACAAGUAUUUUCUCUCUUUUUCCAGCACAUAUUAAUUUAAGCAAAAUGUUAUCAAUCAGCUCGUUCGAUAUUUGGAACAGAUAAGAAUUCUGAAAACAUAUUUGAAUUCAGCGUGAAUUAUACAUGUAAUCCGUAUGAAAGCUUUUAAAAUUUAAUUUUGGUUUUUUUAUCUCAAUUGUUUAAAACCCAAACAUUUUAAAAUCACUUUUUCGCAAAUUACGGACUUAAAAUUUGAAAAAGUGACCUAACCGAACUAGUGAAUAUUUCACGUUGAAUUUAUUCGAAUCUACAUUCGGAACUCUUAUCCUUUCAUAUCAUCGAUCGGACUGAUGGACAAGAAAUUUAUUUAAAUAACUAUUAUGAGUGAUUAUGUGUUAGGUAACGAGAAAAUAAAUACUAUUUGAUUUAGUGCUAAUUACAUACGUUACUUUUGGGGCCUAAUUAUAUUCAGCAUUUUCGCACUGCCAAUUUUUUAUCAAAUCAUCAUAGAUUAUCAUCUAUUCAUAUAUAUAUCUAAUACAUGUAUUAAUUAUUAAAACGAAAACAAAAUCCACCGGUUAUGAUAAUAUAUAUUUUUAUAUACCCCAACAAUUUGUAUACUUCGCAUAAAUAAUUUUUUUCGAAAUUUAGUAUUUGUACCGUAAGUAUAACUACGUAAGGAUUAACUUGUUCGUUUAACUUAAACAUUUAAUAUAUUAUACUUUGUUUAUAAUACAAAGUAUACAAAGGUUAUUAUCUGUAUAUAUGUAUAUUUCGCAUUACUAGAAUCGCUGGAAAAAAUGAAUAAUUGCAGGUACCUUUUUCAUAAAAAUUAUGGAAUAAUAUUAAGGAUAAAAAAAUAUUUACGACCAACGGAUUAUAUUAUAAACGACAAAUUUAUUACAGACAUUACAACAAUAUUAAAAAUUUGAUAGUUUUCGUAAAAUAUCUAUAAAAAAAUAUGUCAGGUUUUUUUUUUUUUUAAACAUCAUAAUAUUACUAAAUUAUAUUUUUUGGGGUUCAUGCCGAUUGUUUUUUUGUUGUUCUUUUUUUUUUAACGGAUACAGAAAUAUAAUUUACAAAUUUAUAUUAUCGAGAAAAAAAAUCAGAUAUAGGUUAUAAUUGGGUUUGCAGAGUAAAUCUAUAACCUUUGGUUCGGCUCCGAAAACUUAAGUACUUAAGAUAGCUAUUACCAAACCUAAUACAUAAAAAAUUAUAUACAAACUUAUAAUUUGAGUGAAAGUUUUUAAGUUUUUGAGUGUAAGUAAAUUUGAAAGUUACAUUAUUUGACAUUUUAACUAAUGUUGGUAUUCAAAAAAGAGUACUCUAUCUUUACGCGAUAACGUGUACAAAAAACGUAUUUGAAAAUAGUUAUUCAUGAAAAAUAUCGGUAUUCUCGUGCACAAAUAUACAUUUUAAAUAGGUACUGUACUAUUUAAAACUAAAAUAAUAUCUGUAUUUGAACUCAAAGUACAAUUUAAAAUUAUAUUUCAUACAAGCCAUCGUCUGUAUAAUAUUAUGUAUUAUGUAGUUACGGAUACGGGUAUCUCCCCGUCUGUUUUGCCGAACCUUAAGAUUAAUAAUAUUAGUUUGAUUACCCUUAAAUAUUAAUAAAUAAGGUCAAACGCAACGAUAUGAUUAAGUUUUUGUUUUUACUCCACAGUCCGGUGCCAAGAUCAAUAUAUCCGACGGCUCUUGUCCCGAAAGAAUCGUGACGAUAUCGGGAACUACCGAAGCAAUCUACAAAGCGUUUUCUUUGAUAUGCACCAAAGUCGAAGAGGUAAACCGUUAUUUUUUUUUUUUUGCCGCAGGCGCGUUUAACGCUUGUUUAGGUAUUAAAUUAAUGACUCGCCCGGAUUGGUAUAUAACGCGCAGUAUAAUAUUAGGUACCUAUGCGUAUAUAUACCUACGUGCGUAUACCGCCGAAACGAGGAAAAAGUUCAAUGGAUUUCACGACGAAUUUAACUCGGUCCCGCGGCGUAUUUCCGCGCGAAAAGCACUUUUAAUACACCGACGCGAUGUUUUUCCAAACCAUUACGGAAAAUCGAUACUUUUCUUAUAUACGUCUGUAUAGAUUAUAGGUAUGCGAUAGGGUAGCGCUGCUGCGGGGCACGGCGGCACGGAGACCGCGCCCGAUAAUCGCUCCGCGAGUCGGGAAUUAUUUCUAACGACCAUGGUGAUUAAAGUCCCGGAGACCAGGCUAACUAUUUACAUUUUAAUAGUUUUAUGUAAUCAAUUGUAUACAAUUUCGAGCACGAAGUUACGAUUUUUUUUUUCGUUUUUGUUUUUCGCGGACCGUUUAAAUGACAGAUGUCUGUAUCGUUUUCAAAGACUACGCAGUUGUAUUUUCAACGGUUGUAUAUUACUUACAGUUUUCUGUUUUACUUUAUCCAACAUUAAUAUUCCCAAUCAAAUUUUCCAAAAUAAUAUAUACAUACAAAUUAUUGCCACUCCUUUAGUAGGCGGCUCACUGCAGCAGCGGGUUAUCGGUACUUCGGCACAGUGCGUGCGGGGGACAAUAAUAUUAUUUAGAAGCACAUAUUUCCAAUAAAAAUCACUACUAUAGUCACAUAUUAUAAUAAUAUAUUUUCGAUGGAAUAUCACGUCAUAAAUCAUGAUCUUCGAUAAAACUAACAAAAUAUUUAAAACUUAGUUUAUUACCUGUAUUCAUAUUUUAGUAAUGGAAAAUGAAUACCUAUUGGGAAAAAUCAACUAUUGGGAUAUAAUAUGGUAUUGGAAAAUAUAAAUUGGGAAAAAUAACCUUGAUGAUGGGGAGGGGAAAAGUGUCGUCCCAUCAUUUGUAUUGCCAAAUAAUACGUUUAUCAUUAUAAAAACGCACUGUAUCAUCGGAAUGGUAUGGUGUAGUAACUCGAACAAAUUCGAUUUUGAGUUGUACCACUUUUUUUAAAAGUGCGGUUAAGUUGCAAUGCUUAUGACGCAUUAUACCGUUUUUUUCUUGCGUCUAAAAAUUUAAAUAAGUUUGACAAAAAAAUACAUAGUAAAUAGUAAUAGUAAUACAUAGCGUUUAAGAAAAUAUGAUCAGGUUGUUGUAAACUCAAUGAUAGUGCAGUCAUCUCAAAACAUUACGAAAUUGCAAUACAAUUAUUAAUUUGAAAGUUAAUAGUUCCUUAGUCCAUUAUCUACUACAAUAUAGUAGUGCAUUAAAAUUUAAAAAAAAUGUAUUUGAGGUAUAUAAUUUUUUUCUUUUUAACUUAAAGUUUAAAUAGAUAACUUUAUUUAUAAAUAAUAUAAAUCCAACAUUUUAUGAUAAUUGCAAUUGAUUAUUGUUGUUUUACAUGUAGGUAUUUAAAAAUGUAUAAGAUCUUUAAUCCCGUUUCCCUUAGAACAUGGUUUUUGCAUUACUAUUACACUACUGUUUUGAUAGUGUGACAAUAAUGAUUGACGUGAGUGGUUUUUUUUUUUUGGCUUCAUCGAUUAUUCCGAUUGAAACACAAAACGUGUAUAAAUCGCAAAAAUCGAAAAUGUCCGUCGUCUCUUGACGAGGUGAAUAGUUUUUCAUAUUAUAUUCAAUAUUAAUUGAAUCGUUAUUUUACAUAGUCAGUGGUGAACACUAAGUAGGGAGGCGUCGGUAUAAAUCCUCCCCCAACAGAACCCGUAUGAAUUACAAUGGGCAUAAUGAAAUGUAAACACGAAAAUUGAAAUGUGUAUCAGUUAUAAAUUUAUGAAAGAUAAUUAUUUUUGGGGUUGAUGUUUAUCACGGGUAUACAAUGAAUACAAAAUAAUAAUGGUAUCUGAAACAAUUGACUAGCCAAAAUUAUAGUUUCUUCUUCUGGUGGCCGGGGCUAUUAAAAAAAAAAAAUACAUCACAUAUUUUCAGUGUUGACAGAGAUAAAUACGGUGAAAAUUGUGAUAAAUGUGUUUAUACGUAUUUUACAACAAAAUAGACGAUUUUCGUGUUCAUAUUAUUAAUUAUUUUUAAUAGCCCGUAAACAAUUUUGUGAUUCGCAAUUAACAUAGUUCCAAUCGUUUUACGGUGAAGAAAAGGCCGUUUCCGGGAAUUGGGCCACAACAUUGGACUACAUUUUUGUUAGUGAUAUUUUACCCCCGAAAAUUUUACAAGGAGUUGAAUAGUCUCUAGUGAAAUUAUAGGGGGGAGGGUAAAAUUUCUCUAGAGAUAAUUUACCGGGAGAGGUAAAAUUUCACUCGAUAAAUAAUCGCGGGUACACCGGUAUACCGAUAAUAAUAUGUACGUAUUUACGUAUAUAAGAAAGAAACUCAUUCUCCAUAUUAUUAUGCACAAUAUAGUACGAUAAUAUUACCGUACGGGGUCGCCGCUCCGAAAGGAUAUUGCAAAAACAGAUGAUAAGGAGUCCAAGAGAUUCGUUCGCGUUGUACACAAUAAAGUAUCCGCUUGCGUUUAUAUUAUAAAUUAUCAUUUUAAUAUAUUCACGUAUAAUAUUAUAAUAAGCGUCUGGUCUUCAUUUCUUUAUCGUCUGCGCCCACAAAUCAAAUUAUGUUGUCGAAAAUAUGGAAAUCGUUUCGCUCCGUAAUCCGUAUACGUGAUAUAUUAUAUUUAUACAUACACAUUUUUAAAAAAAACAAGCAAAUCCCGUUCUAAAAAAAUAGACGGAUAUACUUAGCACGAUGGGUGAGCCACUGUUAUAGGCGAGAAGUUGAAAAAGAAUUAUAUAGACAGGGAAUUUAAUAAUAUAUCUGCAGUACGCAACGAUAACUAUUGACCGACGAAAAACGAUUCAGAGUGAAGAUUAUUUUAUACGUGUACGUACAUUUUCCCGUCUUUUCUACGUUUUCCCCAAUUUAUUAUCAUAAAAACCUCUGGGGAAAAAAAAAAAUUACCACUUUCAAGUACCAACAAGAUAAAAUUUCAUUUCGGAAAAGGUACUUGAUACACCAGAGCAAAAUUUCUGGUUGAAAAAUUACUCGCAGAAUAAAAAUAAAUAAAUAUAUUACUAACAUAAUUGUAAAACCAAUGCAUUCCUCGCUACGCUCCAAAUUUAAAACGGGGAAAUUUUCGAUAAAUAUGAAAACGUGUUCGGAAUACUUGUGUCGUAACAACACCCGUGCGAACUAGAGAUAAAACGUUUUCAAAAUACAUAUGGCAUAUCUAAAUGUUUUGAAAAAUAUUUUUUUUUCAAAUCAGUUAUACAUUUUAUCAUUAAAUAGUUACUAUCGCGACUAAAAACAAACCAAUAUCAAUUUAUCAUCGCAAAAAAAAAAAAAAAUUACCCAAAAAAAAAUUAUUUAAUUUAAACUCGCUAUUACAUUUAAUUAAUAUUCCAAAGUAAUUAAUAUCAUAGUUUUUUUUUUUACUUAAAUGAAACGUCCCCGGCGGAUACAUUUAUUCACAUUUAAUAUAAGUACGAAACAAAACGUGACCGGACGCUUUUUUUUUACUAUUAUUUAUUACUUUACCGUUUGCACAACGGCUACCCGCUUUACUAAAGAUGGUUAAAUAUUUAAAGAAAACCUCGGUUUUUAAUCUUCACACUUAACGAAAAUAAUUAAACUAGGUUUUAUUUUCCAUUUGAUGUCUUAUAAAUGAUUAAUUAACAUUUUAAUGGAAUACUUAACAACAAAACCUUUUUUAUUUUAAUUACAAAUUUAUGUUAACACCGAGUAGGGUUUCGGAUCACAAAAAAAAAAACCAACUAGGCAUUAUACUUGACGAAACAAUUUAAUAUAUUUUUCUUUACUCUCCGAAAACCAACCAUCCAAACAUAUCCGCAUCCAUUUAUCAACAGAUUGGCACGAUCUUUUGCCAUCGUGCCAAUCUAUGCUAUGUGGGUAUAUUUCUGUCUUCCCAAGGGUCUUUUUCCAUACGGACCCUCGUGGAUAAUAUAUUAUCCACGAGGAUAUUACCUUGUGUAUUGCCAUAAUAUGACAAUACACAAGUGAAUACAUUUUAUGUUUAUUUCUGUCCAGUUUAUGGAAAUUCAAAAUGGGAAAAACGGCGCAUCUGCAAUUGGAAAAUGCGGCAUGACACUGCGGCUAAUCGUUCCGGCUUCACAAUGUGGAUCUUUAAUCGGCAAGGGUGGUAAUAAAAUCAAAGAAAUUAGAGAAGCCACUGGGGCACAGAUACAGGUCGCUUCGGACGUGCUUCCACAGUCCACGGAAAGAGCAGUCACCUUGACCGGCACAAGAGACUCGAUCACGCAGUGCAUAUUCCAUAUUUGUGCGGUUAUGGUUGAAGUAAGUAUUUUAUAUUGACUGACAAAACUAAUAGAAAUUAGAACAAUCAUGUACCUCGUUACAGCUAUUUCAUCUUUUCCUUUUUCGAAGUUCCGCCCAUUCUACCACAUCAUCUAUAACAACCACUACUUGUAGCAGUCCUCAUAUUAUCAACCUCAAUCCCACCGUAUGUAGUUAACCAUCUCCUUUUCGGUUGUUCUCUUCUUCGCUCUUUUCAGUCUAUUAUUGCACACGUAUCCAAACCACGCCUUUGUAUGUAACCUCGUGAUCGAGAUUCAAUAAGGAUGCGAAUGAUUUUGUUACAGUCUCCUCCCAAGGGUGUGACAAUACCGUAUCGCGCCAAGCCCCAGAUGGGAGCACCAGUCAUUUUGGCGGGAGGACAGGCAUUCACCUUGGCCAGCGCAGGUUCCGCGGGCGGUUGUGACGUGGGCACCAUGAUGGUAGGCGGCGGGCCGUACAACCAUGCACCUAUGCUCAUGGUUCCGCCUUCCCCGGGGGCAGCGGCCAGCCUGGCCCUAAUGGAUCCGCUGGAAUACCCUAUGCUUAAAAACACGUUCGGACCGUCGCAAGUAAAUAAUACAAUGAAAAUCGGUUUGCUUGAGUAGCAUUUUUUUAAAAUUCCACGGUAUUAAUGUACUCGCGCGCGCGCGCGGUAAAACGUUUGUGUUUCAGUUGGGCAAACUUAGUGGAAAUCCGUUGGCUGGUCUCGCGGCGCUCGGACUCGGCAGCCUUGGAGGACCGGCGAAUUCGUUCAAUCCGACUGGUAAUUUUAGCGUGCCUAUAGCUGCAAUAACGAUUUUGAAAACUUUUAACGAAAUAUUUAUGUAAUCUACCAUGUGAAGCAUUAGCAGCAUUGGCUGGCAGCCAGUUGAGGUCUAACGGUUCCGGACCCAACAUCAGCACCAGAUCCGGCGGCGGUCAGCAAACGCACGAGAUGUCCGUGCCGAACGACUUGAUCGGCUGCAUCAUCGGCAAAGGCGGGACCAAAAUAGCCGAGAUCAGGUAUGAUUUUUGCGUUGAUUGCGGGCCGCGACCCUUAGUAUUGAGCCGGUUUGAGCCUCGGGAAAAACGCAUUAUUAACAUCACCCAAGUAUUAUAGUAUUCUUCGAGAAAAACUAUACGGUUUAUUACCGUUUUGUCCGAAAAAAUACGUUUGAAAAAUCGUGGUCCCGUGGUUCCACAAUAUUCCGAUAUCCGAACUUGCAACCAAAUAUUACCGAAUUAGUUCUCGGGUGGUCUACAGGUAACAUUAUACGAAUUGAUUCCAAUGAACUGUUAUAUUGUUAGUAAUAAAAAUAGAACCAGCAACGAUAAUAAUUUCCUUUCCAUUUCACACAGACUUACGAAUGUCUAAAAAACGGUUGUUGAAAAAAAAAAAUUAAACUGAAAAGCCAGAUAAAACUGUAGAGUCGAGUUGAACGGAUUUUAAUUGAUUAUCAAGUCUACUAGGUUUUGACGAUACUAGGACGGUCUGAACCGUCCAGUGAUUAAAUUUAUUAUUUUAACAUAUUUGUACGUGGGGAAACCAAUUCAUACGUUUUUAUCAAAUUUUCCCCGAAAAUGGAAACUAUUGUACUUUAUCUCUUUUUCUCGCUACUUUUUAGACUACUUUCAGCAGCUAUGUGUAGACCAAAUGAGCUCGAACUCGGGAAUUAGAGUUUUUUUUAUAGGUGUGAUCAUGUUAUUAAACAAGGAUAGUGUAUUGUUCUCCUUUGCACACCUCUAUAUAUAUACUCGAAAUGAAUUUAGUAGGAUGAAACUUUGUAUAUGCAUGAUGAAAGUAUACAUAUAACGUGCUUUUUGAUGAUAUGUUUAGACUUUCAAUUCCUAUUCUUAACUUUUUUAUGAUCAAAUUUCAAAAUUUUGUUUGAAAGUAGUGUAAUUCUGUAGUAUGUAGUGUUAUAUGAUCAUAUUUGUCUAGUAUUCACUUGUUUGUUGUUUCGCAAAGAUCUAUAACACAAAAUAAAUGUGAGUGGGAAAGACCAUUCGCCUCUAGUGACGGAACUCUGUUACUCUCGAAUGUUUUUUUUUUCCGACCCGGGAACUAAUUCCGUAUAGUUUUCUCGUAUGAAAUAUAAUAUACUAUACAGAAAACGACGUUCGCACAUUAUAUCGAAAGUUUAAGCUUUUUUUUUUUCUUAAUAUUGCACACAAAUGAGUAUGUUUCAAACACGACUGUUCGUAAAUAAUAUAACAAUCGAUAAACAAAUCGAUAGGAUCUCGUCGCGAUUAUUCAAGUACAAUUUCAAGAACGAAUAGGCGCACCGCGAGUAGGUUAUAAAUCCGUUCGCUCCUCGGUACGCGUCGCAAUCGUUCAGAUUCAAUUUUCGAACCGUUUUGUUAACGUACCUCGCAAACGUGCCACAACCACGAUUAUUGUAUCACGUCCGGCAUGGGUUCGUUUUCGUUGCAGGCAAAUCAGCGGGGCGAUGAUACGGAUCUCUAACUGCGAGGACCGCGAAGGACACGCGAGCACGGACAGAACCAUCACGAUAACCGGAAACCACGAUUCGGUGGCUUUAGCGCAGUACUUAAUAAACAUGAGGUGAGUAUACGGCGACACGGGUAUUUAGAUCGCAGCAUGAACGAACGCGACGUCUGUAUAUUGUUUAUCGCAUUGUGUACACUCGAGACGGCCGUACUCUUGUUGGCAGAUGGGCACACAUUUUCGCUUUUUGAGUAUAUCCGUACACGUCUCGUCCGGCUUUAUUUUUUUGUUUGAUUUUUUUUAUUUUUGGUCCCCCGCCAUUCCGGACCGGAAAGGAACGAAUUUUAAUAACGGCAUAAUUUACAUACGAACGCGGGGCGUCGAUCAGCCGCGAAGCGCGCACUCGACACGUGUCAAAGAGAUGUUUGUUUACUAAUCAUAAUAAUAAGUAAAACCACGUUUUCGAUCGAUCCGCAGUGGCGUAUCUGCCUGGUGAAACUACGGGGAUCGCACCAGACACGGGAUAACGUCUCACCGUCCAGUCGCGAAAACAUUUUUGCAAUAAAUACCCGUCGCGAUUAAUACCCGUUACGAUAUCCUAUUUUGUGGCGUAUUUUCUCCCGAGCUCGCCACUGCGGCGGACGGCCCGUGCAAAUGCACACACACAUAUAUAUAAAGGGUACUGAGAAAAAAACAGAAAAGUCGCUUUUUCAAUUUGAGAAAAACACGUUAUUAAAUAAAAAAACUUAAUCAUUUUGUUUUCUUAGUAAAAAUUUCGGAUUAAAUUAAAUGUUAACUUUUGAAACGUAAUAAUCGCAAUAAUGUCUGUUAUAUUAUUAAUCACGGCUAUAGCCGUAUAUUAACCCGACUCUUGUUUAGUUAUCAGUUAACUAAUCAUUUUUUCCUGUAUGCCUAAACUUCUGGCGCUAAUAUUUUUCACCGAUUCGAUUGCACAAAAGAUUCAGUGCAUCAAUACAAAGUAUUCUAUACCAGUAUCGUGAUUUUGGAAAAAAGCGACUUUUCUGGUUUUUUCCCUGUACCCUUCAUAUACAUAAAUAUACAUUGAGGAAUGGAAACGUUCUUACAAUUCUCGUCGAAUUGACAGGUCUGGCCCGUGGGAAGGAGGGAGGUGGGAAAAUCGAGUUCGAAUAAACGUCGCGUGUUCAGGCGAUCGACAAUAAUUAUUAAUACGGUGGGUGUUUUGUUGUGUCACAACUUGUUCGGAUUAUUUUGUCGAAUUGUAUGAGCUGUGAACCCGCUGUACGUUAAUCCGUUUUAAAGGCAUAGCGGCCGUGAUUAAAUUUCCCACAACCCGACCACGACUCGAAAGCCUUCAUCACGUACAGCGGUUGAUUGAAUCGGAAAAUUCAAUAUUUUCACACGGGAAAUACGCUUUUCGUGGGUAGAUUACGGGAGAAGAGGAGGGAGGAACUGUCAACAGCGCACGAAUAAAAUGUUUUUCGUUCUUGCCUAAAGCGCAAACAAUUACGACAAUAUCGCAUUAGAUUCCUUUUCUUAGCGCUUUUAUAAUAUACGCAGAGUGGGCCUUUUAUCGUGAACCAGCAAUUUACUCGGAGAAUUGUAAGCGAAUUUGAUGUCUGAUUUUAUUAAUCAUUACGAAAACGCUUAAGCUUCUUUUAACGCUAUUUUGAAUGUUUUGCCCACAUUUCUCAUACCUGAAAUGAGCAUCUACUAUUUGGAUCAAUCGAAAAUUCGAAUAGAAAACAUUUAUUUUCUUUGGAAAUUUUGACGUACAAACACAAUUAUCAAAUUUACCGAUUACAAAUUAUUAAAAUUUACAAUCGAGAAAGGGUAAAAAAAUUGAAUAUCUAUUCUAUGUGUUUAUAACACAUAAACGGAAAAUCUGAUAUUAGAGUUAUGAUUAUCAAAAUAUUAUUUCUCAAAGGAAAAAAUCUAAAGUGUAUACUUAUUUAGAGUACAUAGGGUAGGAGUACAAAUCCAAAAGCGGUUUUUAAAAUAAAACUUGUACGAUUCCACAACCAUUAAAAAAAAAAAAAAAAACAGAACUCAAAUUCACUUGAAAUUCUCCGAGUAAAUUGCUAGUUCUUAGUAAAAUAAUAACACCUCGUAUUGGCAUUCAUUAGCGUUGAAAUAUUCUAUUAUUAUUUUCGGUGUAACACAGGUAGUUCAAAAAUUGUAAUGGUUAGUAAAUAAAUGAUGUAUAUUAUAACAUUCUCCCGCGAACCCGAUUAAAAUGUUUCGAAACUGGUCCUACGAUGUUUUUACCUAUCGCGUUAUUUCAAUUAUUGUUGACAUUUAGAAAUAAAAAAAAUGCCGUGUAUUAUAAAAUAACGUAGAAUUCGAGUUUGUUGUGUUAUAUAUUGUAUAUAAAAUGUGAUCCAUUGAGGUGGGCCCACUCAUGAUUAUCUCGGAAAGUAUUGACGUUUUUCGGAAUUCGUUUUAUAGAACAUAUUUCCAGAAACAAGCAGCUCUGCAGUUUCACGUAAAUGUUUUCAAUAAAAAAAAAAUAUAUAUUUAAAAAACCGCUAUAAUUUAUACAUUUUUGAGGAACGAAAUAAUCAUGACUACUUGUAAUCAAAAAAUAAAACCAAAUUUAAAAAGUAACUUUAACUUGUAACCUAUAUUGUAACUCGUACAUUUUCGGUUAAUAACAAGUAACUUACUCGGUAACGAAAACCGCCCGGGAUUGCAUGAAAGAAAUUCUGAAAAAAUUCAAUACUUUCCGGGAUAAUGACCGCGCCCGUUCUCUAAACGGAUCGCGUUGUAUACAGUAGAGUUGCGUUUUCUUUUGGAAUUAUUUAUGUGUUUGCAUCGUUCGGUUUUUUUUUUUUUUUUUUUUUUUUUUUUUAAUUUCACGGCGAGUUCGUUUAUUCUCGUUCAGGGUAUACUCCAACCCCCCCCCCUCCCCGGCUUCGCCACCUCGUACAAUAAUAUUAUAAAUGUAUACGGAAACAAAACACAUAUACCACGCGUCUAACAAAUAACGAUAAUAGUAUUACGUCAAUUAUUAAUACAAUAUUAUUAAAUGUGUACCUAUUAUAAUUUUUUUUUUCUUUCUCUCUCUCUCUCUCUCACUCUCUCUCUCUUUCUCUCACUCAUAACGAAUGCAUUAUUUUUGUUUCCUCACGAUGUAUUGUUUUUGUUUUUUAUCACCGCCCCCCACCGCACCUCGACAACAAAUCCAACGAAUCCAGCUUGGACAUACAACGAGCCUCGGUGCUGCAAUCGGAAAUCCAACAACAACACCACAACCACCUCCAUCACCACCACGCCCAAAUCCAACAACACCUGCAACAGCAACAGCAGCAGCAGCAACAGCUAGUGUUGCAGCCUCACCUGUACCAUCACCCGUUCCCCGUACACCAAAUGCUUGCCACCACCGCCACAGCCACCGCAACUGCUUCUACACCCACAACCGAAGCCACAGCCGUCGCCGCCGCCGCCGCCGCGUCCACCACCGCCACCAACAACAUCAACAACAACAACAACAACAACAACAACAUCAUCAACAACAAUAACAACAACAAUAACGGCGUCGGCGGGAGUCCCUGCACCGCGUCCCUGCAGCAGACCACGAGCCCACUGUCGGCGGCUGUCGCGGCUGCGGCUGCGAUGGCCGCGGCCCACCAACACCACCAUCAGUACUUGACCGCGGCGAGUGACGUGUCGGCCGUCCGCCACCAGCACCAUUUCCACGGGACCGCGGCCCUCCUUUCACCGCAGCCGACCGUCGCCAAACACAAAACGGAACGAGUCAAGUUUAUGCCGUACUGAAUGGUGGAUCGGAAACGACGGCGGCGGCGGCGGCGGCGGCGGCAGCGGUUGUCCGAUUCCGCCUCAUAACUCACGUACCCGACUCGUCUCAAUCCGGUAAAACCUCUGAAUAACGGACACUUUCGGGAACCGAAAUUUCGUCCGCUGUUCGGAGGGGGAUUCUCCCGUUCGGAGUCCCAAUUUCCCGUUCCCGAAAAAAUUUCCGCCAAACUUGGGCAAUCACUUAUAUGAAGUGCAACACACUCGGCCACACGUCAUAUCAUAUAAUUUUGACCGGUCAAGUGCGUAAAUACAGAUUACAGAUAAUCCAGAUACAUAAUUUAAAAACAAUAAUUAAUCGCAGAAUUGCAAGAAGACAGGGUUUCGCGUUAUUUUUUUUUUUCACAAUACAAAACGUAUUUAAAACGAGAUUCAAAUUGUGCAUUAUACGUACUUGUGAUUCGACCAAAAUUUCCGAUAAAAUACACGUUAUGUCUUCGGCCUUUUUUGAAUUCGGACAUUUAUUUCCUCAGAUAUUUUUCACUGUGGACAUUUUUUCCUAGAUUCGUACUCGUCGCGAUUCGGUUUUAAUUUUAGAUUGUAUAUAUAAUAGGUAUUUUGUAAUGAAUAUUAUUUAUUUAUUUUUUCAAAAUUGUCUACGUUUGGAAAUACAUAUUUUAUUUGUUCAAUCGUAUAGUCAUAUUUUUUUACUUUCGUCCACGCAAUCGGACGAGAUAUGAAAUUUAACGUCUACAAUUACCUAUGUAGGGUAUUGAUUUACGUAUCAGGUCUUGUCGAAAAUCAUCGUCGUGCUUAUAUUAAACACAGCGUUUGAAUUGGAGAAAAAUUAAUAAAGGUGACCCAAUAGAGUAAAAAAAAACUGCUUAAUACCCCCUCUCGUCGUAUUCGGAUAUUUAAACUACUUAGGAGACCAUUCAACGGUUCAAAAUUCGGAAAAACUAUUCUUUUAUUUUUUAUAUAUAUUAUGACGUUAUCACCGUUAUAAUAUUAUUAACGUAAAAAUUAUUAAUUAUAUCAUAGAAAGUAAAAAAAAAACUUUUUAUGGACAAUGCUCUGUAACACGAAGAAUUAGAAAGAGUGCACUAAAACAUGUUUAGAACAGGAGCGGAGCUCCUUCUCCCUGCUCCAAUUAAAGAUCUAAUUUUACAGGCUGUCUCACACAGCUUUGCUCGUGCACAUUAUUGAAUAAUUAAAAACAUACAAAUUUAUAAUGAAAAUUGAAAAGUUUUUCCGAUUGCGUUUCUUCAAUGCAUUUAAUAAUUAACACGUAAAACGUGUAAAACAAAUUAUACGCGUUAAAAUAUUUUAAGAUCACCUAGGUAACCAAUAAAUCUACAAAAAUAAUUCUAUUUCCUUUUAAAAAAUAUCGAAAACCCCGUGCUGUCGACCCUUUUUAGAUUGCAUUUUUUUUUUUCUUUUAUUUAGUCUAUGUCCAAUCCCAGGGUUCGAGAUAUCUCCGUACCGAAUUUAAUCAAAAUCGGUUCGACCGUUUUGUCAUGAAAAUGGAACACAGACGACUAGGGUUAAUUUCGCAUUUACAGGGUGAUUAACAUAACGUAAGAUACGCACUCAUUAUCUCGGAAAAUAUUUUUUUCGGAAUAUGCCAUUUAGACAAUUUAUCAAACCUUUAGUAGCUUUAAAACCGUUAUUAUUGUUGUCACUGUUAUUUUUGGAAAUGACACCGCUACCCAAUAUCAUUUUCAAAUAGCGACCUAAACUAAAAAAUGAGAAGUUUUAGCUUAAAUACGUUUCGAUGUGGACAUUUUUAAUUUCUUUCGACUCGUUGACGAAACAUUUCAUUUUACAUUUGGAGUUUUGACACUUGAAGUGGACUAUCUGACGACGUCGCAUACUUCACUACCGUGCAAAUGGUAUUCCACUAUUCAACACAUACCCAAACAUAAAGAAAUUUGUUUGAACUGAACCUUCGUCUAUUUACAGCAUUUGUAAUGUAGGCCACCAUUAUCGAAUCAAAAGUUUUGCCCCCAAACAAGUAGGACAAAAAAAAUAGUAAUUUUAGAGCCGGUUGUUUUCUAAAAGAUAUUAAUUCCUAACAAACUUAAUUUUUUCCAAGACAACGAUAGUGUUUCACGUUAUAUUAUUCGCACUGUAUUAUUGAAUUCAGUAACCCGACAAAAUACAAUUCCUAUAGAGGUUUCUCCAAAAUUAUAUUUCAAUAUAAUUAUCAAUUAUAACCUAUAGAUUUAUUAGGUAAAUUCGAUCGUAUUCCCGGUUUCCGCGGUUACUAAUUAUAAUAAUAUAUUACAGUUACGGUAACGCGAAUUCGUAAUGAACCGAAAAUAGCACAAGAUCGUAUAUUCAUCCAUCGCAUUAUUAUCGGUGGAACCUUUUUCGUCUAAAAAAUGAGAUAUAUCUUAUUAUACAUUUUCCUCUACUGUUCAUUUUCAUAAAAAAAAAAAAUAAUCAUAAUAAAAAAAAAAUUUCCUUUGCAUCCGUUUCACUUAAAAUGUGUAUAUUAAAAAUUACAUAUAAAAGGUCCUGAUUUUAGUGUUGGAGCGUGCGACACGGGGAAAUGUUGCUGAGGGACGACAUUUUUCAGGAAAAUAUCCUUUGAAAGGAUAUUACGCAGAGAUACUGGGUAAUAUCCGGAAAUUAUAACGAUCCUGAAGAAAAAUCCUUUCUUAAAUAUAUUGGUUUUCUAUGAAAUAUCUGUCAAGUUAAAUAUUUUUCUCGGAAUAUUUCCCUAAAUUUCAUUUUUCCGCGUAACAUCAUGCCGGUGAAUAUUUUUCCGAAACGUAUUUUCCGCAUAAUACCUUUCCCGAAUAUUAGUUUCUUCUAUGUCAUUGUUCCUGUUAAAUAUAUUCCCGGCAUUCGAUUUCCCGAUUUGCGCAGCCCUCCGUUUUAGCCGCCGCCGAUCGAAGCUUUGACCACGGUCGUGUAUAUUGAUAAAAUAAAAAUUACCAUAAUCAAAUAAUUAUGCCGAAAUACUAUAUGUUAAUUAAUUAAUGACACAAAAUAAUUGUAUAACACUAUAACGUCAGUUUAACAGUUCCAAAUAAAAAAAUCAAUUAAAUUUGCUUAACUAUUAAUACCUAAUGAAUAACCUAAUCAAUGAUUACCUAAUAAAAUGUCCAUGUAGGAUAUUCUUGUGGGUCGGCGUACGAAAUUAAUUACAGCUAAGCGUAGGAACCGUUGGGCGACUACGGGCAGCGAUUUCUUAUUUUAAUAACGGAGAAAAAUGUUCUUUGUCUUCUUCUCUGUCGGCGUCAUCCCAACUGUUUCUGGUCGACCAUCCUCAAUCUAAAUUCCACCUCGCGUAUAACCCGCCGUUUUUUUUUUUUUUUGAUCAUUAUCAAUCGUACAUCCAAACGCAUAGGACAAUAGUGGAAAACGGUAUCUAAUUUUUUUUUUUUUUUCGGAGAAAAACACGCCAUUAUGUUAUUCGAGUGGUGUGUUCUUAACCGUGAAAAUGCAUUAAUAUGCACCUAUCUUAACAGUAUAAAAAUGCCCAAACCAAAAUAAAAAACGACGGAAUAAUAUUAGUACAUUAUAAAUGGUGUUAAACCGAAAUAUCGACAACGUGCGGGGGGGUAAGUUUCAUUAUUUUCUCGAGCCCAAUCUUCAUAGAUUAUAACUACAAUUAUAGAUUCGCGUAUAUAAAAUACAGAAAUUUUCGAUUUUUAUAACAUAAGUACGAUUGUUAUUGUAUUCGAAACAUACGAAAUACUGUUACACAACGAAAAUACGCGUUCUGUGUAAUUUUUUAUUGAUUAUAGUAAUAAUUACAAUAAUAUCAUACCUGUAUUGUUAUAUUAUUAUUUUAGACUAGUCGUUUUUGUUGAAUUAAGUUUAUCACGCGGAUAUUUAAUAGUAUAUGAACUAAUCAAUUGUUUUUUUUUUUUUUUUUUUUUUAUACAUAAUUUAUUGACCAAAAACACAUUACAUGUGUAUCAAAAUUAUAGUGUAUAAUAUGUGCCUUAUUGUUCUAACGGACUAGAUAUUGUCUAUUAAAUCGUAUUAAUUUGUAUACAAUAUCGACCAAAUACCAAAAAUAUUGUAUUAUGUAUACGAACAAAAAUAUCAAAAUGUAUUAUAUAUUUUUUUUUUUAUAUAUAUAUAUUUAUAGGCAUAUAUCUAAAUAUAUUGUUACGUUAUAAAAUAUAUAUUGCGUGUGUGUGUAAUAAAUGGAUAAUGUCUGUGUUCUUAUCAUAUAUUAUAAUCGUUUUUAUAAAAUGCUCACUUAACGUAAAAACGUAAUUUUAUUAAUUAUAAAUAUAUUAUUAUAAUCGGGCAACGUGUACUUUUUUUUUAAAAAAAUUGAAUUACUUUAAAAUAUUUAGAAGGGAAAAAACGUAUUUUUAUUUUUAAUAUUUCGAUUUUAUCCUAUGUUAAUAAUUAUUAAUACUAUUAUGUUAUUAUCGUUUCGUAUUUAUAAUGGUAUAAAAAAAAAAAAAAAAUGUACGGUUUAAUGGGUAUAUGAUAAAAUAAUAUAAUACAUAUAUUUUUUUUAGUUAAUAUUAUUAUAGCGACAAAAUAUAAUUAUUAUUAUUAUUUUUUUUUUUUUUUUUUUGUUGUUGUUAAUGCAAUAUAUUUUUUAGAACAUUGUGUUUUAUAUGAUAUUAUAAUAAUAUUGUUGCGUUUGUGAUAUACAAUAAUGUUUUACCAUAUAAUUUCGAAUAUUGUGCAGUUUAUCAUCAUUAUAUUACAAUAAUAAUAAUACAUCCCGUUGUUUGUUUUUAUUUUUUGAUUAGUUGAUUUAUUUAUUUAUUUGGUUCGGGUACGAACAUAUUUUUAUAUUUUGAAGUGCAUGGAAAAAAAAAAAACAAAUGUUAUAUUAUAAUCUCUUUACGGGGAUAUUAUGUGCAUGCGACUAUAUAAUAUUAUAAUGUACAAAUAUUGCAAUAUUUCCGCGGAGUUGUGUUUUUUUUUUUUUUGUUAUUUUGGUUAUUGAAGAAUACAUAGGUAGUGUCCCAUCGUCAUUCGUCGCGCCUAUUUAAAUAAUACAUAUAAUACAAUAUGUGCAUGCAUGUCGUUCGGCAAACGUAUUUUUAUUAUAUUUGAUAUUUUUUUUUUUUUUUUUUUAUUGUUGUUGAAACCGAAUGCGAACUUGUAUUAUUAUAAUACACAAUAUAAUAUACUCGAAUAUACAAUGUAUAUACAAUAUAUUGAAUAUACGGUAUAUGUAUUGGUAUAUACGUAUUGGUCGAGGUCAGUAAGUUCGGCAUUUUAUAAAUAAAACAUUAUUAUACACUGGUACAGGGGCGUAGGUAAGGAGAUUUAGGGAGGAGUGUUUCGCAGACCCCACCCCCUUGACCCAACAUUUCGAAAAUCCUCGCAAUUGAUUCGGGCAAAUAAUAUUAUCAACUCUCGAUUCACUUCUAUUACGAAUAAUCGAUAGUUAAAGCAGCCCCCCCCCUCCCGCCACCUUUCUAAUAAAUAGCCUACGCCCACGCCUCUGUACACGUAGUGCAAGUGUAUACCUAUAUUAUGAUUAUUAUUAAUAUUAUUAUCAUUAUUAUAGGUAAUUGACGAUGCGCGCGCAUCAGUUUGUUUUGAUCGCCGUAUACUCGUUGUUAUUAACUAAUAAUUAUUAUUAUGAUAAUAUUAUACACCUUUACGCAUAUAUAAAAAUUUACUUGAAAUUUUCUUAUUUCUCAUGUUCUUAUCGUAAAUUGUUGUUAUUAGGAUAUCUAUGGAAACGUCCGGACUUCCUCUGCCCGGGUAUCAUUACGUAUCGCCCAAUCACAUCGUCAAAUCUCCAAUUCAUUAG